GGGCAGAACUAUUGCCUAGACAGAGAUCUCGAGUAACGAAUAAACAAUCAACUGUGUAUUCGUUGUACAAUGAACUAUUUCAAGAUGGACAUUGGAUUUUAAAAUUAUACUAGGGCACGGUUCGCCGAGGCGGUGUAAUCCCUGAAGAUAGUUUGACUAAGCGAGGGGGACUGUAUUAAUACGUUGAUAUAUGGGUGACAGGGAUUAUUCCCUAAGGAGUUAGAAAAUUAUAAAGGUCAGCGGUCUUCGGACCUUCGACGUAACAGAGAUUCGGUAGUCUCCGCACGCCUCAGGGCUCUAUACUCAUCGUCGCUGGUAAUCCCCGGAGAGUGGUGCUUUUGGCACACGCUGUACGUAAUCGAGCGACGCAGCGCGCGUGCGAGGGUGCAGGGGAAGGGUGGUUGCCGAGCUAGAGGACAGAGGUAACCGCCGCGCGGUGCUCAGUCGGUGGUUGCUCGGGGAGAAACGGGCGCGUCCACGAAGUGCCGGGGAUAACGAUGGAGGCUGCGUUAAUCGCACCGAGCGAGUGAUACGCGCCGCGCGUUACACGGGGGGAAUCGUGUCCUGGAUUCGUGGCCCGCGGUUGUCCCCUUCGCGGCCACCCCUCCCCCGCCGGACACCAGAGUGCGUGUGGCAUCCUCUCCGUUGCCAACCGUGUGCGUGUGUGUAAACCCGAACCGACGGUGGUGGCCGUCUCCUUGCAACUUCCGUUACAGAAGAGGAAAAUAAUAGAAGAGCGAGACAGAGCGGGGGGGGAAAGGGAUAACGACGAACGAUAGAAAACUGUGCGACGUAGGGACGAAAGAAAAAGAAAAAACAAAAAAAAAGGCGCAACGAAACGGGGAAAAAUGUCGUCCACGUAGUCGAGGCGAGAGGAUCGGAGAGAGGCAGGUCGAACACGGUGCAGUGGUUACUCCGAGUCGUUGAGGAAAAAAAGACAGGAAGACGAUGCAAAGGGUGCUAAGCUCGUAACAGAAAGCAAACGCCUGGCCCGAAGGCGUUAAACUGGGAAGAAGCGGUUGUAAUCGGGUCGCGGAGCGAUGUACGCAGCUGCGGGUGGCGCCAGUAUAGCGAACAGGAGGAAGCAGAAACGGUUACAGCUGAACAAACGCGUCGGCGAGGGCACGGUCCCGUCACGGCUGAAGACAGUACCCGCUUCUCAGCACCACUUCCACCAACACCACCACCCGAGCAAAUUCGCGCGUCCGCACGUUCUUCCACCAUCUUCCACACCACAGCCACACCAACCACCGUCAUCUGCAUUCUAUCCGAGCAUCGACAGACGGCGUCAUGUCGAGAAGUGUCAGCAAGUCGCACCCGUCUCUCCAAUCCAGUUCCCGAUAUCGCCGCCGCCACUUUCCCUCGAAUCACCAAGUUCGGUCACCUGCGCCACCAAAUCCAAUAAUUUCCCUUUUCCGCCACCGUCGAUCCUCGAUCUCCGAGUUCCGCCAUCUUCUUCGGAGCUACAGUGUGGUGGAGGACCCGGCAAAGCAGCAUGGCAAGGAUGCAGCAGACCUCCUCUUCCUCUGUCCCCUACAUCGCCUCACGGAUGCCGCGGAGAUGGCUACAAGACGAAGCAAUGCGAAGCUCAUCGGCGAUGGAUGAAAAAGAACAAGAUAAGAGACGCGAGCUAUUGCAAUGGAAGCAGCGGAGAAGAUGAUGAAGAAGACGAAAGCAGUAACGCAAACCGUCAUAGAGGAGAAGUUAGCGCGGCAGUGAAUACCGUACUUUACGCGGGGCUGGGAACUACAGCGCUCGGAUUAGUUAUCUCGUUUGUCGGCACUGGAGAGAAAGGAUUCCUCAGUCCGGAAUUGAGGCUGGUGGGUCCUUCGCUACUGUGCGCCGGUUUACUGUGUUGCCUAUUUCGGGUGCUGCUCUGCCUCUGUUUAUGUCGUUGCGGUCAAUGCCGUUGGCGGUUUUGCCACGUUGCUUCCGACAAGAAGGAGAAAGUGAGGAAAACGGAAGCGCGUCCAACAGGAACGUUGCCUACCGCCUCACUUUUGUCGCCAGCGCAACAACAACAGCAACAACACCAAUCGGCCGCCACGUCCUCGAGCGGGCCAGCAUCAUCGUCGACGAAAGCACACGAGCUCUUGCUCUCUCCUGCCCAAUUAGCAGAGUGAAAACACCAUUACGAACGUUUUCUACGAAAAAUCAAC